GGGGGGGGUGUGGGAGGGAGGGGGGGGGAGAGAGCGAGACGGGCACUGGGCUGGUGGGCUGGAGGCGCUGGGCUGACGCUGGUUUAAUGCUAGCGGGCCAGGGAGCGACCGCCUCAGUGCCGGCAGUGGCGUCGUCGUCAACAGACACCUGAGAGGGGAGGCGAGGGGGAGGCGAUGGCGUCCACGGGCAUGCAGAUCUUCGGCUUCGUCCUGGCGCUGCUGGGCAUCAUGGGCGCUAUGGUGGCCACCGUGCUGCCCAACUGGAAGGUGAGCGCCGACGUAGGCUCCAACAUCAUCACGGCCAUCUCCCAGAUGCAGGGCCUGUGGAUGGACUGCACCUGGUACAGCACCGGCAUGUUCAGCUGCACGCUCAAGUACUCGGUGCUGUCACUGCCCGCCUACCUGCAGACGGCGCGCACCACCAUGGUGCUCUGCUGCGUCAUGGCCGCCAUGGGCCUCUGCCUGGCGUCCCUGGGGCUCAAGUGCACCCGCUGGGGGGGCGGGCGCCGCUCCAAGAGGCACGCCGCCAUCGCCAGCGGCGGCUGCUUCAUGGCCGCCGGCUUCCUGUGCCUGGUGCCGGCGUCCUGGUUCACCAACGAGGUCAUCACCAACUUCCUGGACUCCAACGUGCCGGAGAGCAACAAGUUUGAGCCCGGGGGCGCCGUGUACGUGGCCUUCGUGUCGGCGGGCUUCCUGCUGGUGGGGGGCUCCGUGUUCUGCCUGUCCUGCUCGGGGAAGAGGCACGGGCUGCAGGACAUGGUGCUGCUGCCGCCGCCCGACAAGCUGCUGCUCCAUCAGCAGCUGCUCCAGCAGCAGCACCAGCAGGAGCUCCAGCACCAGUACUGCUCCCUCUCCCCCCUGGACAACAAGACGGGCUACAGCCUGCAGGACUAUGUGUGAGAGCGCCACACGCAGACACACACACACACACACACACGGAGCGCGUGGCCACGGCAAAUGGGAGGAGAGGGUUCAAGAGAGACAACGGAUGAUAUGGAUCAGACCUGGCUUUAUUCCAAACAGAGGUAGAGAAGAGGGGGAAGGGGGGAAGGAAGGCUCAUCGGCUUUGCAUCCCUCCAGCCCUCUUUCUGUAUCGCCCCAAUCCUUUUUUUCUUGUUCUGCAAAGCACAAAUGGCCCGUGGAGGAAUUCCCCGAGCAAGUGUGGCGUUAACAGACAGAUGGGGGAAAACGUGCGAGACGCGAAGGAUAGCGUUGCAUUGCAGACUCGGAGAGAAGCCUACAAAAAACACACCCGGGCUUCAUCUGGAAAACCCCGGGAGAGGAGCGGGUUCCCCAGGGAUUUGGAUUAAGCAGAUAAGGAAGUGGUCUGUGUCGAUUUUUGUAACUUUAUUUUUUAUUUUUUUUAACCUUGGCCAAAAGGUUUGAAUAAAUAGGAAAAGCAAUCAUUUAGCUGCUAGUCACAAUCGUUUGGUAGCCUCCCAUUCGGCAAACUGCAAUACCAUGCCUCCUAGGAGGCAGCAUUAGGGGGGGAAACCCUUUCAUAGCAAGCCAUCAUAGUUUCUCCUCAUAUGCCCUUCCACUAGAAUGCAAUGUGGAGAAGAUUGAUAUUAAUAAAUAGUCAUAUUUUUGUUAGCUAAUAAUAGAAUGAUGUUGAUAUUUUGCCUCUAAAAGCAUGCCGUGUGGAGCCUGUCGGUGUAUUAAUGCAGCGGAAUGCCUGGUCGAAGAGACAUAGCCACACAAUGCCUGUGCCUGUAAAAGCUGUAGAAACAUUUCACCUGCAAACCGUGUUCAAAAGGGAGGCGCAGACAGAGGUUGCUGGGCUGAGCUGGAGGGGAGACUGAUGUAGACAAACGGCUGGCCAGUCCCCCACCCCACCCAGCAGGUAGAAAUAUAUGAGGGAGGGAGGAAAUUGACAGUCACCUAAAUCCUCCAGCAGACUGGACUCUGCCAUGUUGCCUUCCAUUUGCAAUUCAUCCGAUGAUUCAUCCAUCCAACAUCCCUGUUCAGCACUAACGAAAUAGCCCCAGCAAUCAGAACUGGUAGACAAACUAGCAUGUUCAUGUUCACACCCACGAACAAUGUGCAGCCAGUAGACACACACAAAAUUGCACACUUAAGUGGGCACCCACAUAAAAACCCCAACCAGGGUUGUUUCCGCCCCCAUCCCCUCACCCUUCCAUCUCCCCAAUUUUGCAUGUGUUUUCACCUUCGCCAUCUGCCUUCUCAGCACCAUGGAAACAGAAUCCAGCACCCUGUGUGUGUGUGUGUGUGUGUGUGUGUGUGUGUGUGUGUGUGUGUGUGUGUGUGUGUGUGUGUGUGUGUGUGUGUGUGGACUCACACACCACUACUUCCACCAAUCCCAUUCAUUAGCCAGUGAAAAGAGAGACCAGUGUUUUGUUUUUUACACACACACUGUAUGAAAGCAUAAAUAAAUGAAAUUUGAAAAAAGGGAGGAAAAUAGAAAGAGCCUUGAGUCGUGGCAGGAUGGCAGCUAAAAAGGUUUGAGUCAUUCUCCAUAUGUGACUUGUUUUCCAAGUGCGUCAGCACUGCGCAUACUCGCGGCUGGUCUGCACCUGCAGAAAAGAACCAGGCUUCUUAAGUUGCAGUUGCUUGGCUAUGCCAUCAUUCUGCUUAUGCCCGUUGUUUUUCUUUUGUCCUUCCUUCCUCCAAAUUCCUCUUCCGGACUCAGUCUUGCUCAUUGUGUUUCGUGCACUGGUAGAUGUGAUCCUAUCAAAACAUAGAUGUAUGCUUAAAGCAUGCCUCCUCUCCGGAGACAUAACACACACACACACACACACACGCAUCUUAUGAUUCACACCUCCUCAUAUGUCAAUAAUACCGUUACACAUUCACACUCAUGGUUCCACUUGUGUCUCAUGAUUUCUGGGAAAAGUGUGAUGGAAGGGGUGGUGAAAGCAUCAUUCCAGAAACUGCUACUUUUCUGAGACAAACAUAACAUACUCUCGCCAUUCCCUUUCUUUGUCUCCCUCUCUCUCUCAUAAACAUGCCGCCUCUUGAGGGAGGAACAGAUGGCUAAGUUCGCCACCUGCAGGCUGCUUCAAGCACGCCAGGGGGGUGGGGGGGGGUCUCUGUGGGGAUGGAUGCGGGGAGCCCUACCCCGCCCUGACUAGCUGUCAUGUGGCCGGCCGACAGCCAACAGAAGUGGCAUCCUGACAGUAGCUCACUGCCCAGGGGCCGCGACCGAUGCAAUAAACAAUAAAAACAAUGUGCCAUGUCUGUCGACCAAAACAGACACUUAAUGCGUUUCAAGAAUGUGCCAAAUCGUGUCAUUGACGUUUAAUAAUUUACGGACUUCCGUUAACCUUUUUACUACAUCGUUUUUGACAAAUGAUAUAUACAUUGGCCAAUAUUGUAUGGAUCUUUGAUUAGUUCUGCCAGAAUAAGAUUUGUGUCAACUAGUUACUUGUGUACAGUCAGAAGAAGCAGCCAAUGCUUGUCAUUUUUUUUGAUCAAAAGCACAGCCUAAUCAGAAAAGAAUAUCCCUUUUUCACAGCUGUGUAGGACACAGUCAUUUCAUACAAGACAUUUUUGUUAAGAAUGUAAAAUGUACAAAUAUUCCAUUUACUGUUUGUUGUUUGGCAGCAGAUCACUGUACACAAGUAUCUAGGCCAGUGGGAUGUAAUGGUUCUCUUUAAGGUAUCAUUCCUCCAUUUUGUUUCAAUAAAUGAUACAACGUCCAUGUCAUAUCUUCUUUAUAAGAAGACUGCUCGUUGCACCUCCACUUGUGGUACAUUGUUUGACAGCAGUUUGUUCCAAGUGUAUGAGCAGAUCAUUUCAAGCUCUCUGGACCGGUACAAAUGUACAUACCAUAAUUGGCAGGCUGUAAAAAAAAAAAAAAUGAAAAUAUGUGAUCUAUUUCUGUCCGAUAAGAUUUCAGCAAAGCGAUCGUGAGCUGUAGAAGUCCCCGUUUUUCUGUGGCUGUGCAGCCUGGUCUUCAGUGCACCAUUUGAUUUGCUUAAGAAAACAAAAAAAUACAUGCCCGGAUUAACUGGACCUUAAAAAGCUGCAGCUUCGCCCACAUAAACCAAGACGAGAAUGAUUAUUUUUUGACAAUUGCAGUGUAUUGUUUUGGUGGAUGCUUUUGCACUUAUACUUUGCCGGAGAGUAUUUACGGUGAUCCAACAGUUCACAAGUUCUGGUACCGUCUCAGUGUGCUUGUGCAAGUAGUUCUAUUUUUUACCAAUAAAACUAUUUUGUGGGAGCAAUAUG